GCAAAUGAUACACAAGGAAUGUGUCGAUGUGAUUUAACGGCUAAAGUAUUCUUGCUUCAGAUAAACAUGUGAAAACUAUCGCAACGUGGUAGCCAUAUUACAAAGGAACUUGGAGAUCAUUUUUUAAUUUGAAAGAACAAAAAGAAGGAUUCAGUCCGUUAAUUAUAUUGGGUGUUCAACGCAUUACACUACACACACACAGAGAUGACUUUUAGGGACGAAAUUCAAGGUAGAUCCAAAGUGCCUGGACACAAACUGACAUGAAUUUAAAUUGAAAGUGCGUUGCACACCAAAGUCCGCACCAUUGGUAGUCUUUAAAGCAAAUUCUAUUUUCAUUGUGGACCCUUCCCCCCCUUUAUCUUUUUUUUUAAAUAAUGGCAGCAGAUGAUUCAUCAUCAACCUCAAAAGUCCAAAAAAGUUUUGCGGUUGAUAAUGUCGCUUUAAAGACAAAACCUUCACGAUGGCAUACAAAAGAAUUCUAUUUUUAUUAUGUGUGUUUUUGCAUCGUGGUUCCCUACAUGUUUUAUGUGACAUACAAUCUCAGUACAGAAUCGCACCCCAAUUACCCUCUUUAUGCACCACUAUUAUCUAAAGGUUGGAUGUUUGGACGUCAAGUGGACGACAGCGAUUCUCAGUAUGGACAAUUUCGUGAAAAUAUACCCAAAAUCCUUCCACUUGUGUUGAUUCAUUUACUCUUGAAUGCAGCUAAUCGUCGAUAUAAAUUCGUGGCUUCACAAAUUCGGUUUACACUUUUGACUUCCAUGGCAGUACUUUUCAUAUUUCAUGGAUCCAGCAGUAUUAAAUAUCUGACUAUUAUUUCGAUGAGUUUUGCUAUUGGACGCUUGGCUGCAGGCACCAAAUGGAACCCUUUAUUGACUUGGACAUUCAAUUUACUCGUGCUGUUCCUAAACGAACAUUACAGUGGCUAUAGAUUUGCAGACAUGUUUGGACCUACCUUUGAAUGGUUGGAUGCCUACGAAGGUGUGCAAGCAAGAUGGCAUGUCUUGUUCAAUUUUGCAAUGCUUCGAUUGGUCUCGUUCAAUAUGGAUUAUUAUUGGGCAUGCAAUAGUAAAAAGGAAAGCAUCAAGGAUCACGAUGAAUUGGAUAACGAACCACGUCUUUCUGACAAGGAUCGUAUUACAACACCACUUAAAAAUUUAGACCAAGAUUAUGGAUACUUAAAUUUUUUAGCUUAUAUUUUAUACACUCCCCUUUUAUUAUGUGGUCCUAUCAUUACGUACAAUGAUUUCAUAUCUCAGUUCCAAUUUCCUUCCAAAAAUAUCACAAAACGUUAUGUCGUGCUCUAUGCUAUCCGAUUGGUAAUUGUGAUCCUAGUGAUGGAAUUGACGCUUCAUUUCUUAUACGUUGUGGCUAUCAGUAAAUCCAAAGCUUGGGAUGGCGCCUCUCCACUUGAAAUGAGUAUGAUUGGAUAUUUUAAUUUAGUCAUCAUCUGGAUGAAAUUGUUAAUUCCAUGGAGAUUCUUCCGUUGCUGGGCAUUAGCUGAUGGCCUCUGGGUCGAAGAAAAUAUGGUGCGUUGUAUGAGUAACAAUUUCUCAGCUCAAAGAUUUUGGAAGAGUUGGCAUCGUACUUUUAAUCGUUGGAUCACACGGUAUAUUUAUAUCCCUCUUGGUGGAACAAAGUACAUGGCUUACAACAUCUGGAUCGUGUUCACUUUUGUUGCCUUGUGGCAUGAUAUCGAACUGAAACUGUUGGCUUGGGGUUGGUUGAUUUGUCUCUUUUUAUUACCUGAAAUCAUCGCAUCCAGUCUGUAUAGUGAAAGAAAAUUUGGCGAUAAACCUUAUUAUCGAUUUGUCUGCGGUCUCGGAGCGGUCGCUAAUAUUUUGAUGAUGAUGAUUGCCAAUCUGGUAGGUUUCGCUGUGGGUGUAGACGGCGUGAAAGAAAUGUUGACCAAAAUAUUCGGUACAGCGAACGGAUUAUCAUUCCUUGCUUCUGUUACCGUCUGUUUAUCGAUUGCGGUUCAAAUCAUGUUUGAAAUUCGCGAGUCCGAAAAAAGAAGAGGUGACCCCAAAUGGAAAAUGUAAUAGACUUAAUAUAUAAUAAAAACAAAUCCACAAUCAUCUCACAUGAUAAGCUGGAUAAAAUUAAAAAAAAAAGAGA